UGGCGCGUGUCCGGGUAGCUCAGUCUAUCGUUGACCGUUAACCCUUUCGGACACGGAGGGGUGCAUAUUGCGUGAUACGUACGGCAGUGCUUCACGAUACUCCUCUCGUCAUUCGAUCACAUUCGAUCGUGUUACUUCUCUUGCUCGCUCUCUGCUUUUCUUCUUAGCCAAAGAGGAAAGUCCAUUGAGGGACAUUAGUGCGUUAUCCAUCCAUCUCCGGGAGUCUCGGAGGUUUAUCUUCCGUUUCUCCAUGAUGAACGGAAACGCGAGGAACGAGCGGCCAACCGCGGACGACAUCGAUGCCGCCUCCCUCAGCGCCGAUAUUCUCAACCCUUUCGUGCAUCGACUCGAGCUCGGCUCGACCUACGAGAAGCUCAAGACGAUAUUCUUAACGAUCGCCCUUUUGCCGGUCAGGCUAGCUGCAAUCACGACUUUGAUGAUCCUAGCGUGGCUAUUGGCCUGUCUUGGAUUGCAUGGAUUGUCCGAGGAGGAUCUUCGGCGAGCUCCUCUCAAAGGAUGGAGGCGAAAAUUAGUGCCAUGGAUAUGUUUCGUGGGCCGACUCACUUACCAGGCCGGCGGAAUGAAAAUCGUAGUCCGAGGAAAACAGGCUUCCAGAUCGGAAGCUCCGAUUCUGGUCCUUGCGCCACACUCGACCUUUAUCGACGGCGGCAUCGUUUACGUCACCGGAUUUCCUUCAAUCAUCGUCAGGCGAGAAUCAGGAUUGAAUCCGUUUAUAGGAAAACUUAUCAACUAUACACAGCCAGUCUACGUGUGGAGGGAAGAUCCAAAUUCCCGGCAGAAUACUAUCAAGGAGAUCAUUGAGAGAACUACUUCCAAGGAGGAUUGGCCACAAGUUAUGAUAUUUCCUGAAGGGACUUGUACAAACCGGUCAUGCUUGAUUACGUUCAAAUCGGGCGCCUUUUAUCCCGGUGUACCGGUGCAGCCAGUGUGCAUCAGAUAUCCUAACAAAUUGGACACGGUAACGUGGACGUGGGAAGGCCCUGGCGCAUUGAAAUUACUAUGGUUGACGUUAACACAGUUAAAUAGCAGCUGCGAGAUCGAAUUUCUUCCUGUAUAUAAUCCAAGCGAGGCAGAGAAACUAGAUCCUAAACUGUAUGCAAACAAUGUACGACGUCUUAUGGCAGAGGCAUUGAAAAUUCCCGUUUCGGAUUACACGUACGACGAUUGCCGGAUUAUUAGAAAGGCUCAUCAGCUACAUCUUCCGCAUGCGUCAAAUAUCGUAAAGAGCCAUAAACUUCGGUAUAAAUUAGGUUUAGUGGCAUCAAAAACUGAAGAAGAACUCGUUCAGAAGAAGACGUAUAAUUUUGGUAACGUAAAUUUACAAGAAUUUGCGCAGAUCCUUAGAUUAGAUGACAAGGAUCCAACCACUCAACAACUGUUUCGCAUUCACGAUAAGUUCGGAAAAGGAAAGAUCGAUCUUGAAGAAUAUAUCUUCACUGUAUUAGCGACGGCAAAUGCGUCUUCGGAACGAGACAAGGUCGAGAUUGCAUUUGACAUAUGCGGCUCGAAAACAGCAACGUGUUUGACUCAAUCGGAACUCAGGAAAGCCUUGAGGUUAUCGAUACGUAUGCAGUCUGAGGAAUCCGACAGGAUCUUUCAACACGCCAGAAAUAACGAGGAUGCUUACACAGUGAGCUUUGACGAUGUUCUGACACAACUGUCGAACCGAACGGAAUACGCACAUUUAUUCGCCACAAAUAACGAAAACUCGAAGAAGAUCAUUUGAAAGUGUCUUUUAGAGCCUGAUAGUUCUUCUAGAGAACAUCGAGGCAAACCUUUCCUUAGUCCCAUUUGCUCCACUUCUGUAUGAGAAACGUAUCCAAGGUGUUUCAAGGAUUAUAAAGCAAAACUAUUUUGUCGUCUACAGAAGCUGCAGUUGCAUGUAAGCGGCAAUUUAGACAGCUAGCCUGUGUUUUUCCUAUAAUCUCAUAAAUUAGAAAAAGUCGAGAAUUUAGCGGCUUAGAAUUUUAGGAAACUAAAAUUCUAAGAUUUAAGGAUUUUAAAUGAUCUUAGAUUUGAUAAUCCGUGAGUAAUUUAGUUAUAAAAGUCCUAGAAUCUCCGAUAUGAAAAUCCAAAGAUACGCGACUUAUCCUAGAUUCCGAGAAUUUAAAGACUCGAGGAUUCCACGAUCUAGAGGUCGAACUUUAUAGAUAUCGACUUUAAGAUUGAAAGAUCCUGUGAUCGAAAGUUUGGAAAAUGGAAAGCCUAAGGAUCUGCAGAAACUAUAAUCAUCUUAAUAAUUGUACAUUUGAAGAUAAAUUAGUAUGUAGAAGUUCGAAGAUCCUGUAAGGCUUAUUUCCAAUUGAUCUACGAGUGUCAAAUUACGGAAAAGGAAACUGAUACCUUGCACUUUUUGAUGUACAGUACACAUUACAUAGCUUACAGUUAAGUAAUCCGGUCAUUAAGCUUCUUACUAGCUCAAAUGAAGUAUCCAUGACGUAGGGCUUGGACGCGCAUUUAAAGAAAAAUGAGGACAGGUAACGAUAUAAUUUAUUUUUCGACCUAAUGGUUCGACACCGCGAUAUUCGGUGCACAUGUACAGACAUGCAAUUAUGCACAGGAAUAUACAUAUGCGCUAAAUUGUGUACAUACUUGUUGCACACUAUGAACCGCUUGUAUGUAACACAUAUACACACACACAUGUGUAAGAGUAAACGAAAAGAUUGGGUGAAUCGAUCAUGUAUACCCUCUAUGUAUGCGCGCGCAAGUGCGUUCAUAUGUGUACGUGUGUAUGUAUGUAUGUAUAUAGAAAGAAAAUACGUGUAUGUAUGCACAGUCAAAGCGAUUAGCCACUUUGUAAUAUCUGUAUAUGAACGAAAUGGCCAAAGUUUAACAGCGCGCAUUAACAGUCAUUCUGAGUUAAAAACAGAUAUGUUGAAUUAUAGAACAUUUUACUACGACAUAUGUUGAAAUAACAGUAUUUA